AUGUACAGUUGGGAAACUUGUCAACCAGUAGGUAGUUUUCUCCCUCAGCCAGAGUGGACCGCAUGGGACCAAACCGUUGAGUAUUGUGCUCUUGCUUAUCAGCGUUAUAUUGUCAUCUCUACAUUGCGCCCCCAGUAUAGAUGCCUUGGAGAUGUUGCAAUUAGUCAUGCCACUGGAGCAGUUUGGCAGCGGAGACAAUUGUUUGUGGCUACACCAACUACUAUCGAAUGUGUUUUUGUGGAUGCUGGAGUUGCACCCAUUGACAUAGAAACAAGAAAGAGAAAAGAAGAGAUGAAGCUAAGAGAGGCACAGGCAAGAGCACUUGCUGGUCAUGGAGAGUUGGCUCUAAUCAAUGUAGAUGGUCCCCAAACUGCUAAAGAAGAAAAAAUAACACUGAGACCACCUAUGUUACAGGUGGUUCGACUAGCUUCUUUCCAGCAUGCUCCUUCUGUGCCACAUUUCCUGUCGUUGCCAAAGAAAUUUAAAGUUGGUGGGGAUGACAUGGAAGAAAGAAAGGUUAAUGAGAUAGCUGUUGGUGGUGGAGGGGUCUCAGUAGCAGUUACUCGUUUUCCAACUGAGCAAAAGCGACCAGUCGGACCAGUAAUUGUGGUUGGCGUGAGAGAUGGAGUUCUUUGGCUCAUUGAUAGGUACAUGACCGUGCAUGCUUUGUCCCUAAGCCAUCCAGGAAUUCGUUGUCGGUGUCUCGCUGCUUAUGGAGAUGCUGUUAGUGCAGUGAAAUGGGCAAUUCGGCUUGCCAGGGAACACCAUGAUGAUUUAGCACAAUUUUUGCUUGGAAUGGGCUAUGCGAAUGAAGCACUUCAUUUACCUGGCAUAUCUAAGAGGUUAGAGUUUGAUUUAGCCAUGAAGAGUAAUGAUUUGAAACGAGCUCUUCAGUGUCUUCUUAAAAUGAGCAACAGCAGGGACAUGGGACAAGAUAACCCAGGGCUUGAUAAGAAUGAUAUCCUUAAUCUAACAGCUAAGAAGGAAAAUUUGGUUGAGGCUGUGCAAGGCAUAGUAAAAUUCGCAAAGGAGUUUUUGGACCUUAUUGAUGCAGCUGAUGCUACUGCCCAGGUUGACAUUGCUCGUGAAGCUCUUAAAAGGUUAGCUACUGCAGGUUCAGUGAAAGGAGCUUUACUGGGGCAUGAGUUAAGAGGACUGGCUCUUCGCCUUGCAAAUCAUGGAGAGUUGACACGCUUGAGUGGUUUAGGAACUAACUUGAUAUCACUCGGAUUGGGACGGGAAGCGGCGUUUGCAGCUGCAUUAUUGGGAGAUAAUGCUCAUAUGGAAAAGGCAUGGCAGGAUACUGGGAUGCUUGCAGAGGCUGUUUUACAUGCACAUGCUCAUGGACGAUCAACAUUGAAGAGCCUGGUUGAGGCUUGGAACAAAGUGUUACAGAAGGAGGUGGAUCACAUUCCAACGGCAAAGACAGAUGCUACUGCUGCAUUUCUGGCUGUUCUUGAGCCGAAACUUUGGAGUUUGUCAGAAGCAGGGAAGAAACCACCUAUUGAAAUCUUUCCUCCUGGGAUGUCAGCACUCUCUUCUUCAAUUGUUAUUAAGAAAAAUUCUGCUCCUGCAACACAGACUUCCCAGCAACAAUCGAACAAACCAUUGGAAAUAGAAGGACCACGUCCUAGUGGACCAAUUGGAGCACCAAUAGGUGCACCACCCCCCAGUGCAUCAGCUGCAGUACCAGGCACUCCAAUAGGAGCACCAACUCCAAGUGCACCAGCUGCAACACAAGGCACACCGGUAGGAGCAGCACCUCCUGGGGAAGCAGUUGCAAAACAAGGCACACCAAUAGGAGCGCCAUCUCCAGGUGCAACAGCUGCAACAUUGGGCAUGCCAAUAGGAGCACCACCUCCUGGCACAGCAGCUGCAACACCAGGCACACCAGUAGGAGCACCACCUCCCGACACACCAACUGCAACACCAGGCAUGGCAAUAGGAGCACCACCUCCUGGCACACCAGCUGCAACACCAGGCAUGGCAAUAGGCGCACCAUCUCUUGGUACAUCAGCUGGAACACCAGGCAUGCCAAUAGGAGCACCACCUCCCAGUACAUCAGUUGCAACACCUGACAUGCCAAUUGGAGCAACUCCUCCCAGUGCAGCAGCUGCAGCACCAGGCACACCUAUAGAAGCACCACCACCUGGCACUCAAGCUGAAAUAUCAGCAACGCCAUCAAGAGGACCACCUACUGAUGCAUCAGCUGCAACUCCAGGCAUGGUGACAGGAGCACCACCUCCAGCAGCAAAGCAAAACACAACAACAGGAGCAUCACCUCCAGCAGAAACAUCAGGCAUGACAACAAGAGCACCAACUCCUGAUGCACCAGAUGCAACACCUGGCAAGCCAAUAGAAGCACCACCUCCUGGUGCACCAGCUGCAAGACCAGGUACGCCAAUAGGUUCACCAUCUCUUGCUGCGCCAGCUGCAACAACAGGCAUGCCAGUAGGAGCACCACCUACCAGUGCACCGGCCGGAAAACAAAGCACGCCAACUGAAGCACCAUGCCCUGCUGCACCAGAUGCAAGACAAGGCUCACCAAUAGGAGCACCAGCAGCAACACCAGGAAUGUCAAUUGGAGCACCAGCUGCAACACCAAGCACAUCAAUAAGAACGCCACCUCCUGGUGCACCGGCCGCAACACCAAGCACGCCAAUAGGAGCACCACCUCCCAAUGCACCAGCUGCAACACUAGGAAAGCCAAUUGGAGCACCACCUCCUGGUGCACCUGCUGUAGCAUCAGGGACACCAAUAGGAUCACCACCUCAUGGUGCACAAGAUGCAACACCACACACAUCUAUAGGAGCACCACCUCCUCUUGCACCCGCUGCAGCAGCAAUAGGUGCACCACCACCCAUAUCAGGAGCAAGUGAACCUGGUUCAGAUGAUAAAGCUGCUAUUUCCUCAUCAGGCAAUCAACAUACGACUGCUUCAGUAGAAAGUAAUCCAACAAAGUCUACCAAUGACAAACCAGCAGAUGCAACACCAACAGAUAAACCAUUGGCAGAUGUACCAUCUCUAACACCAGAUAACCAAGAAACAAGUGUUCCAACUACAGACCCAACAAGUGAACCACUUGCUUGAGUCUGUUAGGACUAGGACUAGCACAUAAUGAGUUUAUAGUAAUUUAACUGAUUCCAGACAACAACAAUUUGAUUUCAUUCAUAUGAACUACCGUGAUCCUUGAUAGGAUUCGGAAAAAGAACCAGCAGCAGGAGCCCAUUUUUGUGAGUGCAUCAAUGUGGACAUAUUUGAUUUAUCUAGACUUCGGUUUGGCUUGAUCGAAAUCUGUAAGUAGGGAUUAUAUUUGUUCUUGAUUUGGCUUUUCCACUC